AGUUGCUCAGAAAUCAAAACCUUCGCUUUUCGAUAACCUACCAGACACAAGGAACCCAGACCACCUUCCGUUCCUGACUUGUUUGGAGAGCUUCCAGAAGCACAGAAUGACCUGAAGGCAGAGAAACGCAAGUGGCCAAACCAGAAUGGGUCCAAGGACCACGAGGAGAAGAAGCCGUGUAAAGGAUUUGUGACCUUAAAAGGCUAUGCUGCAGAGAGAAAAGGCGAACGAGAAGAAAUGCAGGAUGCACAUGUUAUAAUUGACGAUUUCACAGCAAGUUUUACACAGCUACCUUCAGAAGUAUCUCGAUUGUCAUACUUUGCUGUCUUCGAUGGCCAUGGUGGCGUACGAGCAUCCAAGUAUGCAGCGCAGAAUCUUCACCUCAAUCUCACCAGGAACUUUCCCAAAGGAGAAGUGAGUAAUAUGGAAAAGGCCAUCAAGAAGUGCCUUCUAAUGACCUUUAAGCAGACAGACGAAGGUUUUCUUAAGCAAGCAUCGAGCCAAAAACCUGCCUGGAAAGAUGGAUCCACUGCUACAUGUGUUUUGCUGGUGGACAGAGAUUUGUAUGUUGCAAACCUUGGUGACAGCAGGGCUAUUCUCUGUCGAUUCAGUGAGACAAGCGGGAAACUGACAUCCAUGCCACUGAUGAAGGAACAUAAUCCAACCCAAUAUGAUGAAAGAAUGAGAAUCCAGAAAGCAGGGGGGACAGUGAGGGAUGGUCGUGUGAUGGGCAUGCUGGAGGUAUCGCGCUCCAUCGGAGAUGGGCAGUACAAGCACUGUGGCGUUAUCUCAGUACCAGAUGUCAGACGCUGUCCGUUAACAUCCAACGACAGAUAUUCUGUUCAGAAUACAAGUAGGACUUGUGUGCAGAUGGGUUCAUUCUCCUGGCUUGCGAUGGAUUAUUCAAAGUCUUUUCCCCGGAAGAAGCCAUCCUCUUUGUUACAGCAAUACUCGAGGAUGAGACCCUCACUGCAAGGAUGGGGAAAACUUCACAGGAUGUGCGGUUUGAAGCUGCCUGUAACAGACUGGCUAAUGAGGCUGUCCGCCGGGGCUCUGCUGACAACGUGACCAUCAUUUUGGUAGCUAUCGGACACUAGCUGCCGAGGAACUCCCUUCACUUUGAACAUCCUGCAAGUUAUCGCAGGUGACCAGGAGGGAUUGCUGAUCCCAGAAAGAAAAGACUAAACAAACUCAGGCCACUUAUGAAACUUGAUAAUAAAAUGCAUAUCUUUAUCUACCCACCUGAUCUCAUCAUCCUGUCACUGACCAACACUCCUACAUGUAAACCUCCAUGCACCUGACUAGCUGCAUAGCUGUUGACCCAAAACUGUGCUUAGUGAGAUGAGCUGACUUGAAGAGCUUUUCCCCAAUGAAAUAAAUGCACAGAAGUAUAAAACUGAUCCUGGAGCACCUAUAGCUAUAGUGACACGUGGAAAAGCUGGUCUCCCAGAAUUUAACUGGCCUCAACUAGGGCCAGAGGUUGAGUUGAGAAAUAUAAUGCAGAUAGCUCUGCCAGAAAAGAGACUUUAAUGUUGUUUUCCCAGGACCUAGAUUGCAACGUUUGCGAGUUGAAUUUUCUGAUUUUUUUUUCCAUGCUGUUGUUACUGUCACCUUGUUUGUUUGUGUCGUGCUGGUGUUGAGGACUGUGUGUAUUGAUUAGAUUCUGGAUAAAGUCAAUUCUUUUGCAAAUA